AUGGCAUCCAACCCUGGAGGACGCUGCUGCACUAUUGGUGUCAAGCAUGAAGGCGAGGCCAAAGGCGAGCUCAAGAACAUCGGCAACAUCUCUACCUACUUCGCCUACCCUGAGGACAAGAAGACGGACAAUGCCGUCCUGAUCCUACCAGAUGUCAUCGGCCAUGAAUUCAUCAAUGCCCAACUCAUCGCCGACCAAUUCGCAGCCAAUGGCUACUUCGUCGUCAUGCCCGAUCUCUUCGAGGGCGACCCAAUCCCUCUCAACCGCCCGGAAGGCUUCGACAUCAUGGCCUGGCUCCAGAAAGGUCGCAAAGGCAAGGGCCACGGCAAAGACCAGGUCGACCCAAUCGUCGAGGCCGUAAUCAAGGAGAUGCGCGACAACCUCGGCGUGAAGAGGGUCGGCUCCGUCGGGUACUGCUUCGGCGCCAAGUACGUGGCUCGUUUCCUUGCUAAGGGCAAGGGUAUCGAUGUCGGUGCUAUGGCACAUCCUUCCUUUGUGGAUGCGGAGGAGAUCAAGGCCAUGACUGGUCCUUUGACUAUUGCUGCCGCCGAAACGGACCAGAUCUUCCCAGUCGAGAAGAGGCAUGAGACCGAGGCCAUGCUGAAGGAGAUGAGCAUUCCUUACCAAAUGGUCCUGUACAGCGAUGUCGAGCACGGCUUCGCUGUUCGCGCUGACAUGAGCAAGAGAGAGGCCAAGUUUGCCAAGGAGGCGGCUUUCUUGCAGCAUGUACAGUGGUUUGACGAGUUUGUAAAAGGCAAGCGAGACAUAGCUGCGUGA